UGCAUAUUUAACACGCACACAAUUCACAGUUGUAUUAUGUAUUUGCUUCGUGUCCUUUAUCCAAUAUCCAAUGUUUUUUAUUUAGGAAAAAAAGUGCAUAUUUAAUUCAUGUUAUGAAUUGAUUGUGAACAAAUGAGUUGUUAACAUUCUAAAAAUACCCGUUUAAAAACAAAUCCUGUAUAAGUACAGUAAUUUACGAAGGCUUGACAGAACGUCAAGAACUACAGUAGGCAGAAAAGAAAGCACUUUGUAAAAAUGUCUGGACCUUUUGUUUUCAAUGGUAAUAUAUAAAUUUGAUAGAAAAAGGAGAACCGAAGAAAAAAUGAAACACUAGAAGUGUAAAUUAUCAGCUGAACGAGACUUUAAUUAACCAAAAUGGACCCCUCAAUAUACAUGCAAUUCUCACCACCUAAUGGACUACCUCAGGAAUCCAAAUUGGCCACAUAUAUGAAUCAUUCGGCCACCCCUCCUGCGAGACCUUUGAAUCAAGCUAUGGGUCAACUCAGCUUGGAGUCAUCCCCACCUGCUAUGAGAAAGGUAUUCAUAGGUGAAUAUGUUCCCAUGAAUUACUUCACUUUACCACCACCACCAACUAAUGUAUUGCCAGAAUCACCAGAAAACUCACCACCUACUACUAUGGUGCCUGUGCCCAAUAUGCAAGUCCAUCAGAUUUAUUUAAGCAUCUUUGACAAACAGGAGAAUGUUGGCGGCACAACUUACUUCUAUCCAACAAAUGAUGGACUUAAUACUUCUGGAGGUCUGAAUUCCUCCGCCUCAUUGGCUAAUUCUGAAUCAUGCCGUGGAGGUAACCCUGGCCCAAGUGCAUCCACUUCGUAUGCAUCGCAAAUGUUCUGCACCACUCCAACUCAUAUGGUGCCAGGCCAGAUGCUGCCUAAGCCCGGUACAGAACCAAUCAUUGGAGCCAGUGGUGGUCCGAGCCCAUCUUCGGGUUACUCCUCUCAAAUGUUCUGCAGUACUCCAACUCAUCUUGGACCUAACUUGAUGGUUCCCAAGCCAGUUGGAGCUGAGGCUUGUCGUGGGGCUAGCGCGGUGCAAAGCGCCUCUACUUCCUAUGCCUCGCAAUUGUUCUGCAACACCCCUACCCACAUGGUACCGGGCCCAAUGAUUCCCAAGCCUGGUGGUGCAGAACAGAUGAUGGGUCCAGGAGUUGGCCCGAACCAAUCCUCGGGCUUCCCAUCCCAAAUGUACUGCAACACUCCGCCCCACAUGGUUCCAGGUCCUAUUGUCCCGGGUCCUAUUGGCUCCAAAUCUGGUCUUGCUGAAUCUUUCUACAUGCCAGAAACUAUCAAAGCCGAGACCUACCAGAGGAACAAAGAUAUAUUCCUGAUGCCGUACCAGUACAUAGAGUUACCGGAGAAUGUUGAGAUGUACUCUGACUUGGUACCUCUGGAGGGUGUGAGUCCUCAUUCGAUGACGUCAUCGUACCGCGCCACUCACCGACAGAGCGGCGAGCAUUUCGCUCUGCGUCGUCUCCACUCUUACUCCGCGAUACCGAACCCGAGACUCGAUCUGUGGAAGCAACUUGACCACCCCAAUGUGGUUAGACUCCAGGAAUGCUUCACUACACUGGCUUUCGGAGAUAAUUCUCUGGUGAUGGUGUAUGAUUAUCACCCUGGCUGCGAGACGCUAAUGAGCAAGUACAUUCGCAACAAUGGUGCGGGCAACUCUUCUGAUUCCAAUGGAACUUUGCAUGAUCCGUUCUCAUCUGAUCCGGAUGCUCCGCGUCCUUAUACUCACCAGAAAAACGCUAUGCUCCGUGCAUUGGCUUGCGGUGCGUUACUCCCGGAGGCGGUUCUGUGGAGUUUCCUCGUGCAGCUGACUGCUGCCUUGCGCGCUAUACACACCGCUGGACUGGCUUGCAGGACGCUGGAUCCAACUAAGGUGGUGAUGAGCGGAUGUAGAGUACGCAUAUCCUGGUGCGGAACUGCUGAUGUAAUGGAGUAUUCCAACGCCAUAGAUAUCGUCCAGGCCCAGCAAGAGGAUUUGAUUGCUUUAGGCCGACUGGCCCUUGCUCUUGCUUGCCGCUCCAUGCAUUGCGAUAAUCUCGCAGCCUCCAUGGAUCUGAUCUCCAGGACUUAUUCUGCUGAUCUGCAGAAUCUGAUAAUUUUCUUGCUGACGAAGUCUCCCGGCCGUCGCACCGUUACUGAUCUCAUGCCGAUGAUUGGCGCUAGGUUUUAUACUCAGGUGGAGGCUUUGGAACGUCGUGCUGAUGUUUUCGAGGAGCAGUUGGCUAAUGAGAUGGACAAUGGUCGUCUCUUGAGAAUCCUGAUCAAGCUUGGCGUUGUUAAUGAACGUCCUGAAUUGAACAUGGACCCGGAGUGGUCGGAGACUGGUGGUCGGUACAUGCUAAAGUUGUUCCGUGACUACGUGUUCCACUCGGUGACUGAGGACGGCAGGCCCUGGUUCGAUCAGGCCCAUCUGACGUACUGCCUCAACCAUCUCGAUAGUGGCAGCAACACUAAGGUGGUGCUGAUGUCUCGGGAUGAGCAGAGCGUGUUCGUGGUAUCGUACGCCGAGUUGAAGCACUGCCUCGAGCAAGCCGUCGAGGAUGUUCUGCAAUCGUCCUUCAUCUAAACACCGGCCUCAUUCUCAUCAGAUAUUAAUAAAUACAUGUGUAUUGUAUUUUAAUAGGUCGCUUACGGCCUACUUUUCGUGGUAGUCGAAUAGGCUAUCAAAUCCGUAUUGGAUAAACGCAGCACUGAGAUAUACGAUCUCAUUUUUAUGAAGCGGCAUCCCUAAGCGAAUCCGCUUUAUUUGACAUCAAAUUAGAAUUAGUUGGAUAUUUAUUAAAUGUGAGUGGUAUCGGAUACAUGUUUUUAAUCAAACGGCCACUUAAAGCUUCAAGUAUCCAAUUAGUUUUGUAUAGCGCCGAUACAGAACAGCCGCCUGAACAAAACGCCACAAACAUUCCAGAAUCACAGAUGUGAUUUCAAAAUUUUCGGCAAAAAUCAGCUCAAGAAAUACCUAAAUAUAUGACGAUUUGUCUAUUUGUGUGUUGGUAUUUUUUGAGCUGAGUUUUGUCUUCGACGGACCUCAGUCAGGUUCACAUACGAUGGCUCCUGUGUAAACUAAAGUAUGUUUGAAACGCAAAUUUUACAGCACAAAAACGAUU